UACGAGCGGACACCGUGUCGUCAUGUGUCCCUCGCCAACUUUCUCGAGUAGUGAUGUGAUACGGUACCGUUAUAUAUAAAAAAAUAAUGUUUAAAUGCGCUUCUCGCUUGAAAGUUGUAGUGACUAAAUAAAUAAAAAUAAACUUUUGUUGAAAUAAGAUGAACAUUAUAGAUUAGAAAAUAAAUAAUUCCAAAAUGAAAUGGUUUAUAGUGGUAGUGAUUGUGACUGUGUCGAAAACAAUUUUGGCUGGAAUUGCUCCUCCUGGAUCAUGUCCUGCAGUGUGUGCGUGCAAAUGGAAAGGCGGAAAACAGACCGUAGAGUGUGUGGACCGAGCUCUUAUUACCGUACCAGAACCCGUGGAUCCUGCUACGCAAGUGCUUGACCUUUCAGGAAAUAAUUUACAAAUUCUUCCCCAGGAAGCGUUUGCUAGAACGGGCCUAGUUAACUUGCAGCGUGUAUAUCUUCGUAGUUGCAAUAUUGGCCAAAUAAAUGACAGGGCCUUUAAAGGUCUAACUAAUUUAGUCGAGUUAGACCUCUCGCAUAACUUACUUACUCAGAUACCUUCAAAUAGCUUCAAGGACGCGCCUUUUCUUAGAGAUCUCACGCUAGCAAAUAAUCCUAUAUUGAAAAUACACUCAGAUGCACUCAAUAAUCUCGCUAGCAUUGUUAAAUUUGAUUUGUCAGGAUGUGAUGUAAGAGAUAUAGCUGCUGAUGUCUUUAAAAAUUUGAAAUCAUUAGAAUCAUUGAAGUUAAAUGGCAAUAAUCUUCGAGACCUACCAUUAAGUUCCUUGGAAAAAUUAGAAAAAUUAAGAGUUAUUGAUUUGUCGGAUAACCCGUGGAUUUGUGACUGCCGUCUUCGCGAUCUUAAGAUGUGGUUAUCGAAUCAUAAAUUGUUUUCCUCUCCUACUUGCGCAUUACCUACUCGUCUGGCUAAUAAACCUUUUUCUGAGUUAGCUAUUGAUGAAUUUGCAUGUAAACCAGAAAUUGUACCUAUCAACCGGCAUAUUGAGGCAGCAAUGGGUAAAAAUGCGACUGUUGUUUGCAGGGCAGAAGCCAUGCCAAGUGCGAACAUUAAUUGGUAUUGGAAUGGUAGAUUAUUACAAAAUGGAACAAAUUUUAAUUCUCAUCAAAGAAUUUACACUUUUGAAGUGGGUGACAUUAAGAAAAAAUCCACACUUGUAUUAACUAACACCCAAGAACCAGGUUCAACUGAAUUUUACUGUGUUGCUGAAAAUAAAGGAGGCAGCGCGGAGGCUAACUUUACUUUACAUGUCAAUCAAAUGGCAGUUGGAAUAGAUUCUUUAGGAAGCGCUCAAAUAGCAAGUCUUGGAGCAGCAUUAUUUUUGGUAAUAAUUGUAAUUUCUUUAGGUUUACUGUUAACAUUUGUUCGAUUUCGUUCAACACCAGCCUGUGAAAGUAAAACACCUAAUACGUUAGACAGAGUUGUAUCCGGUAAUGAAGUUCAUCCUACAGUAACAGAUAGACCGCAUGUGGCUGUUUUAACUAAUAGACAAGAGUCACAAAACUACGACGAUACAAAAUGUAACCCUGUUUUAAAACCACCGAGGUCUAAUGAUAUACCUUACACUACAAAUCAUUACGAGGGCCGUGGAAGUCUAAUUACUGCUGGUGGACCUGUUGUAGUUUCUCCUACUGUAUCAGGAGGAAUAGACCCUGACCUAAUUAAUGAUACGAGGCCAGAUAGCGCUAACCGUCCAGGCAGUGGAGAAUACGCUCGUGAGGCCUCCGAUUCCUUAUAUCCGUCGGGCCUUUGGGAUCAAAUUAAAAUGAAUCAAGCUAAUAAUUUAGCUCGCGCAAUAAGUACAGCAAUUCCAGCCUAUUAUAAUGAUCGAACACCUAUAAUAGAAAAUAGUAGUGUAAAUGGAUCUCACGAAGAACUGGGAUAUAUGAGUCGCACGUUUCCUCGAUCACACGCAAUGGCUGUAGCCAAUGCCGGUUCAGUGGACGGCCAAUAUCCGGCCGAUUACGGAUUGCCAGUGGGCGGAGCACGUACGUUGAGAGUGUGGCAGCGUGCUCCGCCAGUCCUUCCACCUGUGUCAGCACUUAAACGAGUUCUAACCAUCACAAGGCCCUCUGAGGAAGGUUUUCAGGAUGGCUGUGCUACUGAUGUUUAAAAUAAUUAAAGUUACUAAGUCCAAAUGUUUAUAUUGUAAAUAUAUUAUUACUUAUAUACCGUACAUGUAACAGGUCAUGUAAUAGAUUUUGUAUUAUAUAAUUUAUUUAGUAUUAAUUAGUGGAAAGUUACAAAGGAUCCACGUGUGAUGGAUCCACGACUGAUUAGUUGGAAGAAGUAAUAAUAAGUUAUUACGUGAUAUGGAAAGGUAUUACAUAAGAUCGCCAAAUGAUUAAUAUUAAACUGAAUGUAAUAUAUCAUGAAUGUUGAAAUCCAAAAUAGAUGUUACUUUAUUAAUAAAUACGUUGUAAGUAUUAUGAAAAAUGGCCCUAAAUAUCCAAAGAAAAUUUCCCUAAUAGAAAUACAAUAAUGUAUUCUACUAUGUAUUAUUGUAAUGCACAGAAUGUUAUUUGAUAUAAGAUAAUGUAUGUGAAUGUUUUAUGUUGAAAAAUUAGACGUAACAAUGGAAGUGUAAUAAACA